AUGGUAAAAAAGUCGGGAGAAGCUAGAGUAGAGAUUGUACAUUCAAUUUAUGAGCAGAUACCGGCCUUUACAGAUAUAUUUGAUGAGGAGACAUUUUAUAUUUUUGUGGCUUGUUUUGUUUGCUCAACAAUUGUGGUGGUCUUUAUUCUGUCAAGAUUCAUAACCAUUAAAGCUGUAGAAUAAUAUUUGUUAAGUUUAAUAUAAAAUGUAAAGUCAA